AGCACAAGAUACCAUUUAUUUCCUUGACCUCUAUUAUAAAUUAUAAGAACAGUGGUGUGAAAACAAAUCCUUGUAUCAUUAGCAAUGGUAAGCUUUCACUUCAGGCCAUGGUUAUAUAGCCAAUAAGGCUUUGAUUUCCAAUCAAUCAAACUUUCUUUCUAGGUAGGAUCAUUUACCGAUAUUGUAUAAAUAUAUUGUUUCAACAUUUUAAAUUUCGCGGCGGAAAUGAUAUCUUUAAGUACAUACGUUGUUUUGAUAUUUAAGAUAGGAAUGGUUUUUUAUCUACUAGAGCGCUCUCAAACACCUGCCCAAGCUUAUCAACAGCCAAACAUGGAUAACAGUAGUUCACCUACACUUGCUAAUUAUGAUAAACAAUGGAAAAAUAAUGCAAUUUUACCUAAUGAUACCAUCCCUUCUCAUUAUAAUUUAUUUUUGAAUCCUGACUUGCAAAAUGGUACAUUUAGUGGAGAAGUUGACAUUACUGUUAAUGUCACUAAACAAAGACAUUAUUUACUACUGCAUAUACAUGAAUUGGAAAUAAUUAAGACUUCGGUUUACAAUGAAGCUGGAUCGGAAAUUGAAAUAUAUGAUUCAUUCAGCUAUCCUGAAAACCAGUAUUGGGUAAUUCUUUUGAAAGAAAAUGUUAACCCUGGAAAGUAUGUUAUCAAGAUUCAGUUUAAUGGAUCGUUAACUGGUAAAAUAGUUGGCUUCUAUAGAAGUACUUAUAUUGCUGAAGAUGGGAGUAAAAGAUAUAUUGCCACAACCAAGUUUGAACCUACUUAUGCUAGAAAAGCAUUUCCCUGCUUUGAUGAACCUAGAUACAAAGCAUCAUUUACUGUCCACAUUACUAGGCCAUCAGACAAUAAAUAUAUUGCUUUAUCAAAUAUGAAUCAAGUUAAUGAAGAGCCUGAUGUACCAUCUGUUGGUCUUACUAAAGUUUCUUUUGCACCUUCGCCACCCAUGUCAACUUACCUAGCCUGCUUUAUCGUCUGUGAUUUCGAACACUUAGAAUCUGUUCGCACUGACCAAGGAAUUCCUAUAACUUUGUAUGCCCGUGCUAGUCAGCUAAAUAACACAAAAUUUUCUAGAGAUAUAGCCCAACAAGUCAUGAAUCACUUUGUUAAAUAUUUUGACAUUGAAUACCCUCUUCCAAAAAUUGACUUAAUAGCCAUUCCUGAUUUUGUUUCUGGUGCAAUGGAAAAUUGGGGGUUGAUUACUUUUCGUGAAACAAGUGUACUCGUUGCUCCUGACGAUAGUAUUUCUAAUCAACAGGUUUGUGCAGAUACUGUCACUCACGAACUGGCACAUAUGUGGUUUGGGGAUUUAGUUACAAUGGCUUGGUGGGAUGAUCUAUGGCUAAAUGAGGGAUUUGCUACAUUUUUGAGCCAAAAAUUUGUCGGAAUAGUAAAAGAAAACCUUUUUUCACCAAUGAAAUUUGUGAUCAACCAAGUACAAUCUGUGUUGGAAGAUGAUGCUGCACUUUCAUCUCAUCCGAUCAUACAGCCAGUUAACCAUCCAGAUCAGAUUACAGAAAUAUUUGAUAUAAUAUCAUAUAGUAAGGGUUCAUCAGUACUUCGUAUGUUUGAGAGCUAUUCACCUCAAGCAUUCCAAACAGCAGUUUCUAAAUAUUUAAAAAAAUUCACAUAUAAGAAUGCUGUAACUGAUGACCUUUGGGAAGAGUUAGAAAAAGAAUAUAAUAUCAACAACAUGAGAUCCAUGCUUAAUACGUGGACCAAACAAAUGGGUUAUCCUCUUGUUAAUGUUAAGAAGGAAGGAGACAGUAUUAUUCUUACUCAAAGCAGAUUUUUGUCAAACUCGGAAGCCACUUAUGAUCCGAAGCAAUCUCCUUAUGGUUACAAAUGGGAUAUUCCUGUUACAUAUAUCACAUCUAUCAAUCCUUCUGAAAUAAAGAAAGUUGUCUUUCCUAAAGAAAAUGAAUCCUUAACUAUUAAUCUUGGUUCGGGAGUAGAAUGGUACAAAGUCAACUCAGAACAGUGUGGUUUUUAUCGCGUCAAUUAUACAGAUGAAUGGCUAAAAUUCCUCCCUUUACUGGAUUCACAGGUCCUCAGCCACCCAAUAGAUCGUGCUAAUCUGUUAGAUGAUUCUUUCAGCCUUGCAAAAGCUGGUUAUCUAAGUUAUGAAGUUCCUUUUCAUCUUGUCAGCUAUUUGAAAAAUGGAUCAGAAUCUCAUUAUGUUCCAUGGGCUGUUGCGUCUAAACAUUUUUAUAGAUACAAAAAUAUAUUACAUGGCACCCCUGCUUACUCAGAUUUAAUGAAAUUUGGCAUCUCUUUGAUUCCGUCAUCUUUACUGUCAGACAUUUGGGAAGUUAAAAGUACAGCUUCGAACUUGGAAAAGCAGUUCAAGAUAACAUUAUUAUCAUUUGCAUGCAGACUGGAAAUUCCAGAAGUAAUGGUUAAAGCAAAUGAAAUCUUUACUGCCUGGUUGAAUGGGGAAACAGGAAAACCUCACCAUCUCAUUCGGAAUCUUAUUUACAAAUAUGGUGUUAGAGGAGCAAAUGAAGAAGCUAAUAGACAAAAAUUAUGGGAGCUAUACCUGAAGGAGUUGGACCCCAUUGAUAAAAGUGAUUACAUGGCAGCGAUAGCUUCUGUAUCAAAUCCUCAAAUUAUUUCAAGGUUGCUAGAGCUUAUAAAGAAUGAAGAUAAUGUUCGGUCUCAGGAUUAUUUUAUUUUCCUUGACUACAUGUGCUUGACAUCUCCAGCAGGCGGCGCAUUUAUUUGGGAAUAUUUAAGGAAUAAUUGGGAUUAUUUUGUGAAGAGAUUUACUUUGAAUGAUAGAGCUUUAGGCCGUGUAUUGCCUAAGUGUACAGCUUACUUUUCUACAGAAGAAAGAUUAAAAGAGGUUGAAGAUUUUAUUAAAAAGUAUCCUGAUGCCGGAGCAGGGGCGGCCGGAAGGAAGAAAGCUGUUGAAUCCAUCAAAAAUAAUAUUAAAUGGAGGAAACAGCACUAUCAGAAUGUUUCUGACAUUUUGAAAAAACUCGCCAUAUAGUAUUUAUAAGUUGUAAAUAUAUUUCUUUUUUUACUUCAAAACAAAAGAUUAAUUUCUAAGUUAUUUUCUUAUUGAGUAUUUUGUCAUACGAGAAAUAUUAUUUUUUCUGCAAUUAUAAUCCCAUCUAUAAAUUAUAACCUCUCAUAUGAUCAUGAGCAUAUAGGGGUGGGUCAAUUUACAAAAAUUGUCAAUUUCGGAUUCCUAUUAAGUAAUGCCUAAAAUAUAUUUGAAAUUAAUUGUAUUUCUUUAUUUUGAUAAUAAAAAGUUGUGUUAUAAUUUGUAUCAAUAAAGGUUCUACUUAUUUUCUUUUAUUAUUG